CACUAACCCACUUUGCCAAAUGUUCAGAGUUUCUUCUUAGCAUCUAAAACCCUUUUUUUUGCUCCUCUUCUUUAACACCUUCAGGAAGACACAGAAGACAAGGAAAAGGAUUCUUUCACCGUCUCCUGAGUACGAUAUUAAGAUGAGCACAGAGGCUGUGGAGCAGAGGGAUCCUCCGCAUGAACACACAGACAUUGAACAAAAUGGAAUUGACUUCACAAGACAGAUAAAGACAGAGGACCUGAACGAUUCUCCCCACUCCACCUCAUCACAUAAGGCAUGUCACCUAACACAGGGAUCACCAGCACCGACAGGGCAGCUGCCUGGGGAGCUGCCAUCACUACACCCCCUGCCCCAGCUGGUCCUCAUGUCUGGCUCACAUCUCACCCCAUCUUCCUCCUUUCUCCUCUCCCAGGCUCAGCCUGCGCAUCAAGCAUUGUUGCAGCCAAAUCUCCUGUCCUUGCCAUCUCAGACCCAGUCAGGUCUCCUGCAACAUCAGCCCGGCCUGGCCCUCACUCCUCAGGCAAUGGGUCGAACAGGCUUGGCUGGGCCCUCUAUUGAUGGACAUUUGGACAUGUCCCACUUGCAGGUGCCUAAGCACGUGGGUCCCUCGCAGCAGGAUGAGCCCAGUGACCUGGAGGAGCUGGAACAGUUUGCCAAGUCCUUCAAACAAAGACGCAUCAAGCUAGGCUUCACACAGGGUGACGUGGGUUUGGCUAUGGGGAAACUCUAUGGCAAUGACUUCAGUCAGACCACCAUCUCCCGCUUCGAGGCGCUCAACCUCAGCUUCAAGAACAUGUGCAAGCUCAAACCUCUGCUAGAGAAGUGGCUGAGUGAUGCAGAAAACUCUCCGUCUGAUUCGAUGGCCAAUCCUGCAACCUUACCACCUCUUAUGGAGGGAUAUGGGAGGAAGAGAAAAAAGAGGACGAGUAUUGAGACCAACAUCAAAAUGACACUGGAGAAACGCUUCUUAGAUAACCCCAAACCAAACUCAGAGGAGAUCACCCUAAUCUCAGAGCAGCUAUCAAUGGAGAAGGAAGUGGUGCGAGUAUGGUUCUGCAACCGGCGGCAGAAGGAGAAGAGGAUCUUCUGCCCAGUGUCCACCUCACCUAUAAAACCACAUAACUACAACGCCAGGCUGCCUCCAACUACCAGACCGUUUAGUCCUCUUGCUUCAGGAGGAGUGUCGAGCAGCUCCUCUCCCAACAGCCCGAGUCGUGGCUCAUCCCCCAACACAUUGUCUUCUUCCUCCAGCCCUCUGACAUCACAGGGGGUCAACCAAUCCUUCACCACUGCAGGAUCCUGGUAUCGCUGGAACACCGCUGCAUAUCACCACUGAAUAAGCCAGGAUGGAUUUGGAUGGGGAAAAAGUGAAAAUGACAAUGUUUACAGUUUGUUUGGGGGGUGAGCAUCAAUGCAGAGAAAUCACUGUUCUGAUUCACAAACAUCUCCACACUGGUGGAGCACUGAAGUACACAUUUGCAUGUUAAGAAG